CUGCUCUGAACCCGUCGCUCUCCUCCGGUCUUCUCAUCACAUCUUCUGGAAAAGGAGCAGGAAUCAUGCAUUACCUUCUGCUGACCUCUUCUGUCAUGGCACUCAUUUACAUCACAGCGGAAGGACAUAUCCAGGUUUUCCAGAAACCGCGUUUCUUUGGUGUUAAAACUGGCCGCACCGUCAUGAUUUACUGUGUGGCAUCUAAUCCAUCUCUUCCCACUCGAGUGGAAUGGCUGAAAGCUCGUGCAUACAAAGACCACCCGUACCCACUGAAAACUAACCAGAGAACCAUUAAGAUGGAGAAGACGUCCAUUAGAAACGCCUCCAUCACCAUCAAGAAAGUGGAUAUUGAGGACAGCGGCGUUUACUUCUGCAAACUGAACAAUACUAUGGGACCAGGAACUGAACUGCAAGUGUCCAGACACAGUGAUCCCCAAUCUAUCCUGAAGAGAUCGAGAAUCAAAGAUAUCUUCAUCUUUCUUCAGGGUUUCCUGCUGAUUUUGUGUGUCAUUGUUCCUCUGGUCCUGCUUUAUAAACAGGAGAAGAAAGAAGAUGCCGUUUAUGAAGAACCUGAAGUUGACCACACGUAUGAGGGUUUGGAAAUCGAUCAUUGCGGUGAUAUAUAUGAGGACAUCUCUACUUUGGCUCCGGGGCCAGAUGCAGUUUGGGAAGUUGAAUCGCCGGACCAGGAGUGAGAAAGAACCUUAGACAGCCGUCAGAAUGUUGAUCCACUGGACAGUAAGAAGGGCCUUUACAAUUUAAAGGGUCCGACAUUUUAUCAUUACAUAUGUAAUGCAAGCUUGACACAAGCCCCGAUCAUUCAUAUAUAUACAAUCUACAUACUGACAUUCUAAUAGACGGUUUCAAAGUGACAACAUAAACAAACGUUACUGCGCAUGCACGCGUUCGUGGACUGCCCUGAACUUCCGGUACACAUUUUCAAAUAGGGUGCAUGCAGAUUAUUUCUAAUAACAAGCAAAAGAAAACGAGAAGAACCGUUACUUGGCUAAACUUGAAUUUAAAGCUAAACUUGAAUUUAGACUGUGAUACCAAGCUCAGCCGCUAGAUGUCAAUGUUUCUUUAAAUGCGACCAAACUAAUGGACUCGUUCAACAAUUGUUUAUUUAAUAAAACGAACAUACAACAAAAUUCAAUAAAUCGUUUAUUUAAUACAAUUGUUAUACAAUAAUUUAACAAUACACAUUAAUAUUAACAUAAAUGAAAUAAAAUAUAAAUAGUUAUAUUAUCACAGACCGGAAGUUAACUGCAGUCCCGGCGCGCGCGUCCACCGUCCAAUAAUGUGGUUGUGGCUAGAGGGGUUACAGCCACGGCCGGAAGGGAUAUAAAAUCUCUCCAUAAAAUUACAAUAAAUUACAUUAGCUAACGCCUACCCCAACCCUAAACCUCACCUUACAAUAAUAAAAAAAUAGUAAUUAACUGUUGUCGGCGUGACUAAAAUAAUGCGGUAUUGAAGUGCGCAUGCCCAGUGGAGAAAGCUGUAUCCAUUUUGGCCACAACCGACUAUACGUGUCAUGUGUUUAACUUUUUUUGUACAGGAUAUGUUUUGUUACUGUUUGUUUUAUUCAUUUUAAUGUACCGUGAUCUGUGUGUUUGUUAUAUGAAUAGACAUUAAUGGUGCUCUGCGCUCAGAUAAAGUAGGCCUACUGCUUAUAUUGAUGAAAAUAUUAUUUGCAAAUAGUUCAUUUUUUUGACCCCUCCCCUUUUUACAAGAAACCCCUUAGUGUUGAGUGCCGUAUCAGUUUUUAGUUUUUCCCUCUUUCUCUGUUUUUACUUUUACAGACGCCGCCAUUGGUUCAAUUUAGCCUAUUUGGUUAUUAAUCACUGGUACCAGUUUGUAACUCUUUGUAUUUUUGUAUGUAUAAAUUCAUAUCUGGUCUGUGCACAAAAUGUUGAAUAUCUUUGAAUUUAUUCUAUAUUGAAUAUUCUUACCAUUAUUUAAUUUCGUUUUCUCAUUUGUCAUUGCUUACAUUUUCUCAAAAUGGGCCCCUGCACAGUUCAACAUCACUUUUGUUUAGUUUCCCUGUUGAAAAAAACAGCAUAUGCUGGUUUGGUAUGUUUUGGUGCUGUGCUGGUCCUUAGCUGGUUUAAGCUGGCCAAACCAGCAUCAAAAUGUACCUAACCCAGCAUAUGCUGUUUUUUCAACAGGGUUGUUUUGGGCUUGAUACUUUUAAUUAUGUAAGAUAAGCUUGUGACACGGCGUAGUUUAUCUAAUGAAAUGGUCUUUCAUAGGUGUCCGGCCAUUAAUGUUUAUUCACAAAUCAUUAAAAAACAACUCAACAACCUCCAUCACUCCAGAAACCCACUGUGCUAUUCACCAGGGUCUGUCAUCCAUGAAAGAGGCCCGAACUCUGUUAAAUACUUAAUAGUCAGUUAAAUGAAAAGGCAUGAGUCUACAAAUCAAUAAAAAUAAUAAUUAAAAUAAAUCUAUAUUAACCAUAGAAAAUAAUAAACCGACAUUAAGUACAUAGAACUAACAUGCGUGUGAUGCCUACUUUCAUAUCACAAUAGUAGGCUAAUGAAUCCUAUUAUGAUUGGCUUCUAUUUAUAUUGGCUGUUACGCUUCAUUUUGUUUUGUUUUACAUAUUUUGUUCCUGCUUUAUAUCCCUCUCUUUUAAGUGGUCCUUGAAAACGUUGAAGACCCCUGAAGCGGUGUGAUUUAGUGUUAACUACAAAGGUGAAAGUGUAGCUCUAUCUAGCGGAAACAUAUGAGAACUACAGUUUACACAGAACUCAAAUAAAAGUGUAUUUCUUCCACUGAAUUAAUGUCAUGACUGUUUUCCUGAUUAUUAAACUAAUCGUGUGUUUAUACUACAUUGAAUAUUAAAAGUGUUUUUAUGUAUUGUUGACAAAAUAAAUAAUUUUGGAGUGUAAAAUUUGAGUUGUAAGAUGACCCAUCCGGAAAAUUAUGUUUAUUUGAAAAUGUCAUCAGAUCCAAGUGACCAAAGUUGAGUAAAGUAAAGU